UGCACGUCCUUUGGCCACCCUGACACGGAGCCAUAGCCUCGACCAGGUGAAUGAGGCAGGCUAUGAUUCUUCUUUUUCACUUCCCCAGAGCCUAGGCACCUCUUCCUCAAAAUUGUCAAUAAAACCGCUGGCAGGAGGCAGUCUGCGUGUCUACAACAUUACAUUCUCUACUCACGCGUCACUAAUUAUUCCGAAUACCUCAGUGCGCGUAUUACAACCCGAGAAGCGCGAUAUCCUUCACUAUGCCCUUCAUACCUCACACCCCCGAAGCCCUCCUUCCACGCUCAGACUCGAAGAAUCCCGCAACAACGUGCAAGGGCAUUACUUCCAGCGGCCGCCCCUGUCGAAGGGGUCUCGCGGUCGCGAAGUCCCCUUUGCGUUCGUCGAAUGGCGUCCUAGCUGUGGUGUCAAUGAAUGACGGAGUCGAGGACGGCUCCGGCGCCGCUGCUUUCUUCUGCUGGCAGCACAAGGACCAAGCGGAGCAGUUGGCAGCUGCGAAUAAUCCUCCUCAGAAUGGGGCGGAUGUCACAAAGCUCUACCCGCUGCAAGAGCGGAGUAGUAUCGACACUCUUGUUGCGAGAUUGGGUAUACUGGAGGUUGACGAUUCGAAUCAGACCUCCAGGAAGUCGAAGAGAGAACGGCGCCAGGAUGCGGAGGGGACACCAACUCGUCCCCCAAGAAGGGUCAAUAGGCCGCCUACGUGGGAUAAGGUUGAGGGGCCGCUAAUGUCGGUGCCAGGGGAUUUAAUGGCUGCUGGGGAGCGAAGAAGCUCGAAAAAACCUGCGGAAAAUAAGCCAGUGCGGCCGUCAAGACCACCGCCUCGGAAACAGGGGUUCUGGGCCUCAUUGUGCUGUGGAGCGGUCGGUGAUGACUACGUGGAAGUUGUGAGGCAUAAGAAGAGGUUCCAGGCUGAAGCCAUAACGGGGAAUCCCACGAACAUGUCUGUCGCUACUAGGCCUCAGUAUUCGGAUGCAUUUCCCGACCUGUCAAACGGAGGACUUCAGAAUUCACGACGACGGCCGGUUACAGGAUCCGCUUCAUUACAAGCAAGUACUCCGCCUCGUAAACCACUAGGAGAGAAGCCAACCCGACCUAUGAACAGAACCACUCCCUCCGCCAAAUCAGAGACUCAAACUCUUCUCUCUUACAUCCCUCCAUCUCUACCACCCCAAAAGGCCUCUUCUCUACUGGCCGAGCUUUCUAAACCGAUCUCCUCGCACGAUGAAGAGGGCUUCAUCUACAUAUUCUGCCUCAACUCUGACCCAAACAGCACCCCAUCAACCGACGCCGCCACCCUCCUCGCUCCCCCAUCAAGAGCCCCAAAUGACCGCCGUGUCAGCGACGUCCUCCUCGAAUACUCGAACCAACCCCGCAAACAAUCAAGCACGAGUACUGGAUCCCCUGGACGGACUGCCGGCCCCGGAACUCUCCUUCUCAAAAUCGGCCGCGCCUCCAACGUCCACCGCCGCAUGAACGAGUGGUCCCGCCAAUGCGGCUACACGCCGUCACUCGUCCGCUACUAUCCCUACGUCCCAUCGUCUGCGUCCCCUUCGCCUUCUGGAUCCCCGCCUGGAUCCCCGUCUGGCUCCCCGGCUGCGUCGAGGCGUCCGUCUCUUCAACCUAACUCUCGGCCAUCUGAUCCGAUUCGCCGAGUGUCGGAGAUUUCAGGUAGUCGAAAAGCGCCGCAUGUGCACCGCGUUGAGCGUCUGAUCCAUCUGGAGCUGGCGGAGAAGCGUAUGCAGCAUGACUGUGAUGCGUGUGGGAAGACGCACCGGGAGUGGUUCGAGAUUGAGGCGACGCGGGAGGGAAUAAGAGGUGUAGAUGAAGUAGUGAAGAGGUGGGUUGGGUGGGCUGAGAAGGCGGGAUUAGGUGCGGAGGGGUGAUUUUAUUUAAAGUGGAUUGGGUCAUCUGUUUUGGCAUUUCACGACUAAUGAGGAAGGAUACCAUUUAUGGGCACGGAAUUUGGAUGAGAUAUGGGCAGAUGAUGGGGGGGUAUGCAAUAUAUAGACGACACAAUGGCAG